CAUGCCGGUGGACGAAGAACGGGAGAAAUUGACCCACGUCAUCCGAGAGUGGAACAAUAACAGACUGGACUUAUUUGAGAUAAGUGAACCGGACAAGAAUCUGGUGUUCCAAGGAGUGAUGCGCUUCUACUUGGAGGAAUCAUCGGGAGAAAACGUCGCCACCAAGUGUCUUCGUUUCGGCAGCAACGCCUCCGCCCGCGACGUCGUCCGAACUCUGUCCGAGAAGUUCAGGCCUGACAUGAAAAUGCUGACCGACUGCUUCUCUCUCUACGAAGUACACGGCAAUGAAGAACGCAAAGUGAACGAGGACGAAAGACCUUUGGUGGUUCAGUUGAACUGGAACUCGGACAACAGAGAAGGACGUUUCGUGCUCAAGCAGACCACCGAGGACGGCAGUCAGAAUAAAGAGAAGGGAGGCGUGAUCCAGACCUUUAAAAGGACUUUGUCCAGAAAAGAGAAAAAGAACAAAAAUAAAGUUCCUGACAGACCUGCAGAGAACUGGUCACCGAAUGGAAAUCCAGAAGCAGCAGAACAAUGGCGAGGAAACAAAAGGCAGGAAGACGGCGAGACAAACCACACAGGAAGUCCUCAGCCAGACUUCUGGGAUCCGCUUGGAUUACCGCUCGGAAUUACGAUCAGUGAUCAUCUGGAAGAAGACUUCCUGUCCGCGGUCAUAAACUCCACCAACAGCUCAACGGUUCAUUUCAAGCUCUCGCCAGCGUACGCCCUGUACGCCGCGAGCCGCUCUAUGCUACAACGCCCAGGCUCCUCAGCACCAGGAACGAUGGACCGUGUGACCGCGCUGGUCAACAGAAUGGUGGCCUUGAUCGGCAAGACCAUCCAGUCCGCCGAUUGGAAGGGCAUGCUACUUGGGAUGGGUACCGAACUGGGCACUGACCGAAUUCUGUCGAUACAUCAGGACGUCGCGGGCGCUCUCGCCUUCUGGAUGGCGAACACGUCCGAGCUGCUCGGCUUUUUCGAAAACGACAAAGACCUCAGCGGGCUCACCCGGCAAAGUCGGCUGUGUCUGUCCCACCUGGUGCACCAAGCCUACAGUUACCUGAUCCAGUGUCUCCAGAGGGAGCUACAAAAGCACCUGCCCACCUUCCUGGUUGACCCCGAGCAACACGGUCCUCUGCCCGUUGGGAUAGAGAUGGUUCUGAACACCUUAAUGAACGCCAUGUCGCUGUUACGCCGAUACCGGGUCAACCCCGCCCUCACCAUUCAGCUCUUCUCCCAGCUCUUCCACUUCAUUAGCUCCUGGCUCUUCAAUCGCCUCAUGAGCCCCGAUUCCGUUACCCCGGGCCUGCGCUCCCACUACUGGGGGGCGACUCUGCGCCAGAGACUUACCGGCAUCGAAGCCUGGGCAGAGAGGCAGGGCCUGGAGCUGGCUGCCGACUGCCACCUGGGGCACAUCAUCCAGGCCAGCAGGCUGCUGACCAUGAAGAAGUACGCCGUGCAAGACGCCAAAGACAUCGCCAACGCCUGUUUCAAGUUGAACUCCCUGCAGUUGCACGCUUUGCUGGCGGGAUACUUUUAUGCAGCCAAUGAGCCGGACAUCCCCGCUGAUUUGAUGGAGGCCGUCGUGGCGAGUGCACGGACCUCAGCGGACGAGGUGAUUGGUGGAGAAGGACGAGACGUCCGGCUGGAGGAGAGCCUUCACCUCCAUCUGCCCUUCCUGCUGCCGGAGGGAGGACACUCCUGCUCCAGCGUGACAGGGAUCCCACCCGGCUUCAGGGACUUUCUGGAGCCCGUCAGCCGGCGAGGUCUCUGCUCUUUGGCCUUCCGGAAACACCCCGAAGGUGACUGGACCGUCUUCUUUACCGAGUCGACUCCAUCGCGUGAAACGCCCUCCUUGGAAGCCCGGAGUGUGACGGUCACCCUGAAGAAGGCGCUCGGCAGCGGCGUGGGGGUCAGCAUCGUGGCUGCCAAGGGCGCAGGACAAGACCACCUUGGGAUUUACAUCAAGUCCAUCGUCAAGGGAGGACCAGCAGAGACGAGUGGGCAGUUAGCGGCGGGGGAUCAGCUGCUCAGUGUGGACGGUCAGAGCCUGCUGGGCCUCAGCCAAGAAAGGGCUGCAGCCAUCAUGAUGCACACCGGCCCUAUGGUCACCUUACAAGUGGCAAAGUUUGCAGCACGCGACCAAGGUCUCGGCACUCUGAUGUUUGGACUGACUGCAGGGGAGGCUCACAGCCAAUCAGGUCAAGCGGUGCAUUCAGGGACUUGGCAGAAGAACCGGCAGCUUUAUCGCUCCCAGCCCAACAUGACCAAUUCCACCUGGAAGGAGAUAAAGGAGGUAAAGGAAGGAGAUGUGCGAGGAAACAAGUUCUUCUCCAACUUUUGCACGGACAUGGGCCACAGAGAAUACUUGACCCUCCCAGCCCUGACGUGUGAGCACAGAAGCACACCUUCAUGCACUUCACCACUGCACAUGUUCCAGGUGUCUUUACCACCUCUGAGAGGACACACCUCUCCUCACAAAAUGACCUUCCUGCGUCAAGCUCUCUCUCAGGAGAACUUGUGCGUGGACACCGGAGGCCCCCUGCUGGACAAAAGUCAGAGUCCGGGUGCAAAGCAGACCACAAACUACCACCCGCACUUUCCGGUCCGCCCCAGCGUCUCCACCCAAGACAUCUUCUCUGCUGAAGGCACUCGCGCCGGACUCUGGAGAACCCCGUUUUUGCAAAGCGCACCAACGCCCUGCGUCCAGCCCGUACGCAUCGACAUCCCCCUCAGCAGGCCCGUCGGCGUUCAGGCCAAGCCUCUGCUUACCACCUUCCAGCAGAACAUCUACACAUGUGCCAUACCCGCAGCCGCCAAGUUACCUCUUCCAGCCAAACCCCCGAUGAGCAUCACUCCCACCAAGCAUGUUUCCUUCCAAGAACCGCCCACGCAACAGAAGCAGGGCGCCGGUCCGACCAGGCCGCGACACACCGAGGCACGGGAGAAGCCGGAGAAGCCGGAGAAGACGCCGAAGCUACGAGAGUCGGAGCUCCCGGAGCAGAAGGUGAAGGAGCUCCGGGCUGAGGACGACGAACGACUGCGCCAACUGAGCCUGGAGUGGCGGUUCCAGAAGAGGCUGCAGGAACGAGGGGAGGAUGAGGACGAAGACGAGGACUUGGACAUGAUGGUGACCAUACAGGAGCUGGACUCAAGAGUUCAGAAUAAGAGAGGCGCUGCAGCAAAUACGGACAAAGCGCAGACAAAAACCCUCGCCGCCCAAAAGGAUGAGAAGAAAGGUGAUUCAUUUGCGGCAACCAAUUUUGUUCCGUUGUUUGCCAUUUGUGUCAUUUUAUGGUGGAACAUGUUUGUUUUUGGCAGAUCACGGAUCAAGCGGAUGCCUUCUAAAAGAGGGUCAGCCGGGGGACAAAACACGGAGGAUGUCGGCCCCGGAGAAGCUGACCUUUAA